AUGUUGCCAGUCACUAGCACGCAGGAACCCGUAGCAGCGACAACCUCGUCUCGCAGCCGGUCCUUUCUCUCCACCCAGGACCGGUCCACCACUGCAGGCCAAGCUUUGAGCUCAGGCCCAAAGGUCUCAAAGGCCUCAACCAUCCCACCCCCUGUGAAGUCCAAGGGCCCGAAUUCUGGAGCCCUUGUACGUCAGAUGCGCAGGAUCAUCGCCGAGGAUGCUGAGUGGUCACUGGCCACCGUGCCCCUGCUCACAGAGCUCUGCAUUCAGCACAUUGUCAAGAACUUCAAGAACAACCCUAUCCUGAAGAAGCUGCCUCCACAGCACCAGCAGAAGGUACUGAACCACCUGUCCCCUGACCUGCCACUGGCUGUGACUGCCAACCUGAUCGAUGAUGAGAACUACUGGCACCGCUGCUGUGUGCAGCGCUGGCCUGUGUGCCACUUGGACUUCCACGGCAGCAGCUGGAAACGCGUGUUCUUCGAGCGGCACCUGGAGAAUCUGAUAAAGCACUUCAUCCCAGGCACCACGGACCCCGCCGUGAUCCUCGACCUAUUGCCGCUCUGCAGAACCUACGUGCGUAGGAUCCGUGUGGAUCAGUUCCUUCCACCGGUGCAGCUACCACCUCAGCCAUACAGUGGGGAACAGUCCGACUCCGGCAGCGAGGGAGAGAUGGAUGAGCCCACCAUGGACCACUACCAACUGGGUGACCUGGUGGCUGGCCUGAACCAGCUGGAGGAGCUGGACCUGGUGUAUGGUGUCAAGGACUGCGGCAUGAACUUCGAGUGGAACCUGUUUCUCUUCACCUACCGUGACUGCCACUCCUUGGCCGAGACCCUUAAGGCGUGCCACACCCUCAAGAUCUUUAGGCUGACCCGAAGCAAGGUGGACGAUGACAAGGCACGCAUCCUAAUUCGUAGCCUGCUGGACCACCCAGCCCUCGAGGAGCUGGACCUGUCACACAACCUCAUUGGGGACCGUGGCGCACGUGCUGCCGCCAAGCUGCUGAGCCACAGCCGCCUGCGUGUGCUCAGCCUGGCCAACAACCAGGUGCGUGCGCCUGGCGCCCAGUCGCUGGCUCACGCUCUGGCACACAACACCAACCUCCUUUCCCUCAACCUGCGCCUCAACUGCAUCGAGGAUGAGGGCGGCCAGGCACUCGCCCACGCCUUGCAGACCAACAAGUGCCUCACCACACUGCACCUCGGCGGCAACGAGCUUUCCGAGCCUACAGCCACUCUCAUCUCCCAGGUGCUCUCUGUCAACACCACGCUCAUCAGCAUCAACCUGUCCUGCAACCACAUAGGACCGGACGGUGGGAAGCAGCUCCUGGAAGGCAUGUCCGACAAUAAGACCCUCCUGCAGUUCGACUUGCGCCUGUCAGACGUGACCCAGGAGAGCGAGUACCUCAUUGGCCAGGCCCUCUGUGCCAACCGUGAAGAGGCCCGCCAGCGCACCCUGAACGUCAGCCACUUCCUGUCACCACUCACUGCCAAGGGCCCUGAGAACCCUGCAGGAUAA